AAAUAAUUUAAUUAUUAAUUGGGAAAAUAUUAUAAUUAUUUAAUUCUAAUAAUCAUUUAGAAUUUUAAUUUAUAUGAUUUGCUUGAACUAUUAUUUGAUUUUCAUAGUUUUUUAUAGAUAAAAGAAUUAAAAAAAAAUUAGACCAACUAAAAAGCAAUACUAAGAAGAGGUAGCAUAAUCGUAGGCUUAAAAAUGUUUUCAAAAGAAUUUGACAUCAAAGAACCAAAUUAAAUAGAUCAAUCAGAAAAUAAAGAGUUGAAAUUGUAAGAAUACAGAAAGAAGCUCAACAAUUUUUACAUGUCAAUAUUUAAUGAUACUAAAUAAUACUAAAACAUAAGUCAUUAAAUAGAUAAACUAUAUGUAGAAUACAAAAUUGUACAUAACUCAUUCUUUAUUGCAGAUAAAAAUGUUACAUGGGAUUUUAAAAAUCUUUUCUAAAAGCUAAAGUGCCUUUAAAUUUCAAAUAAAUUUUUUGUAUAAGACUAAAUAAAAUGGAAUUAAAGUUUUUCAAAAUAAGUUAAUUUAACAUUAAGAAUAGUAAAGCGUCAUGAUGAAAAUGUAGAUAAUAAAUCUAGUAAAAUUGGAGAGUAUAUAAUUCUACAUUUUUUUGAUAAAAAUUAACUUUAACCUAACAGCAUUAAUCAGAGUAGCAAAUAAAACAUAGAAAAAUAAAAGGCAAGCCAUGAGUAGGAUUUUACUUAGGAAUAUGCUUAUUAAAAAAAGCAUGAUAAAAGGUAAACAAAUUUGCAUAAAUAUGAUUAAAAAUUUAAUGAGAAAAAUUAAUAACAAAUGAAUUAAAUUUUAGCAACAAACUAGCAGUAAAUUGUUAAUAAAGAAUGUAUCGGCGCUUAAAAAUCUAAUGAUAGGUCUUAAGAACUAUAAUCUAAUAAUAAUAUAAACGAAAGUCUACAACCUAAAAUAAAAACGAAGGUUGAAGAGAGUCAAAAUCAAAAUCUUCUAUAUAAAGAAGGAACCAUAUAAAAUAAUAACAAUAUAAUAAAACCUUAACUCUAAAAAGUGAAUUUUGUAAAGGAAGAAUAUGUACAACUUUCUGAUAAAGAAAAAGUAGAGCUACUAUAGUCAUAGCUAUCAUAAUAAAUUUCACUACAAUAGUAAAAAGAAUAAAACAACUAAUAUAAGGAAAUUCAAUAUUAAAAAAUAAUUUUGAAAAUGAAGGAAGAUAAGCUCUUCUAAUAAAACCCAAAUUUUAAUCCGUAAGGCUUACUAGAAAAUGAUCCUAUUUAAGUAGAUUGA